AUAGGAAACGCGAAGACGAACCAGCAUCCAAAAUGAGUGCGCUGGUGCUCUGAGCCUUCACAAUUCAAAAAGUUUCCGAGUCAGUCAUGCUUUUCACAUGGGUGAGCGCUGUGCUCACGGGAAUCUUCUCGGUGCACAUCGUCCAGCGCCUGUGUUUCCCGUUCUUCUGGAAAGACCUCUUCUUCAUGUUGAAAGUGAUCCGAUGUGGAGCUCGCCUGGAGCUCUACAAGAAGACAUCGAAAGUCGUGACCGUGAUGGACCGUUUCGUGCAACAGGCGCAGAUGAUCCCUGACAAGACCUUUCUGAUCUGUGAAGGCUGCACGUACACGUACCGGGACAUAGAGGAGCGGAGUAACCGCGUGGCGCGCGCGCUGCAGCGGCACAGCACCGUGAAGAGGGGCGACACUGUGGCAUUGCUUAUGAACAACGAGCCCGAUUUCAUCUGCGUAUGGUUCGGUCUGAACAAGCUGGGGUGUGCGGUAGCCUUUCUCAACACUAACAUCAAAUCCAGGUCCCUGUUGCACUGUUUCAACUCAUGCGGGGCCAAACUGCUGGUGGUCGGGGCGGACCUGUUGGACACCUUGAAGGACGUCCUGCCAAAUCUGCAGGAGGACAAUAUUUCAGUGUGGGCAAUGAAGCAGGACAUCUCCCAUCCAGGGGUCCAUUGCCUGUUGGACAAGCUAGAGCAGGCCUCAUGUGAACCAAUGCCCGCUGAGCUCAGAUCAGCCACCUCUCUUAAAACUACAACACUUUAUAUCUUCACUUCAGGGACUACAGGGUUACCCAAAGCUGCUGUGAUCACUCACCUGCAGUCUCUCAAGGCCUCGUCUGGGUUCUGGGCGUAUGGCGGCACUGCAGAAGACGUGAUUUACACACCACUGCCACUCUACCACAGCGCAGCCUCUCUCGUAGGCAUCGGUGGCACUAUAGAGCUGGGUGCAACGUGUGUUUUGAAGAAGAAAUUUUCCGCCUCACAGUUUUGGAACGACUGUCGAAAGUACAACGUUACCAUCUUCCAGUAUAUCGGGGAGCUGUGCCGCUAUCUGUGCAAUCAACCCCAGGCAGAGAAUGAGAAGGAUCAUAAAGUGCGAAUGGGUGUGGGAAACGGCCUCCGCCAGGAUGUAUGGAGAGAAUUCCACAGACGUUUUGGAGAGAUCCGCAUGUGUGAGCUGUACGGCUCCACUGAGGGAAACCUCUGCUUUAUGAACCAUAUCGGCAAGAUCGGAGCAGUCGGUCGCUCUAACUUCUUCUACAAGAUCCUGUUUAAGUAUGACUUGGUGAAAUAUGACAUGGCAAAAGAUGAACCUGUGAAAGAUGAACAGGGUUUCUGUCAGCGGGUUGAUAAAGGUGAGAUGGGUUUGCUGUUGUCCCAAAUCAGUUCCCAAACUCCAUUCUUUGGCUAUGCUGGGAGCAAACAGCUAACUGAGAAAAAGCUCAUGAGGAAUGUGUUUAAGAAAGGAGAUGCCUAUUUCAACACGGGCGACCUGAUGGCCGAGGACCAGGACAACUUCAUCAGCUUUAAGGACCGAGUGGGCGACACUUUCAGGUGGAAGGGUGAAAAUGUGGCCACCACUGAGGUGGCAGAGAUUCUUGGACUGCUGGACUUUAUUCAGGAAGUCAAUGUGUAUGGAGUGGAGGUUCCAGGCCAUGAGGGUCGAGCUGGCAUGGCUUCAGUGAUCAUUAGGCCUGACUGCGUGUUUGACGGAAAGAAGCUGUUUGAGAACAUCAUGGAUCACCUACCAGCCUAUGCCCGCCCUCUCUUCAUCAGAAUACAGGAGUCUAUGGAGAUGACUGGCACAUUCAAGCAGCUAAAGUUCUGUCUGGUGAAGAACGGCUUCAACCCUGCUACCAUCUCUGACCCGCUCUAUUUCUUAGACUAUACAGAGAAAUGCUACAUUCCCCUCACAGACUCCAUCUAUGACAGCAUAGUAUCGGGCCAGCGAAAGCUCUAAAGGCUCCGUUAUACUGACAAACCAAAUGGACAGGCUGUUCUGAAGGAAGAUGCACCUGAAUGCACCCAAUUCUUUUGUAUUGUUGUAUAUUUGAUUGAGUGUGAGAGCAAUCCUGAAUGACUUGACUAAUGUUGAAUAAUGAAUUGCGUCGUGCUUUGUCAACAUUUCACAGCGACAGUACUGGUUAAUAAUGAAUUAGGGAGUUUUAAUGACUUGAGUGGCCUUUUGCAGAGAUGGAGCUGAAUAAGAGGCCAGAUUCUUACCAAUGCCCACCUGGUAUCGGGUUCUGGUGCCUCCUCAGUCUGUCUGGCACAGUUUAAAAGGCCAGGUGACUCUUAGCCUUAAUACUGCCCCUACUUCAUCCUUCAUCAUCAUCUCAUCGACUCUCUGUGCUCUGCUGCGUUCCUCCUCGUCAGUGGAGAUCAAUACAGGAAAUGAACACGGCUGCUGUCGUCACCAUGAAAUUAGAUUUCACUUUAGAUCUAAAACAUUGCUAUAUUUAAAACUGCAGUCUGCAAUUACAUACCUCUCUAGAGAAUGACAGGGACAAAUGUUUAUCAUUGGAAGCACGUCCUUUCAUAUGCAUCAAGAGCCAAGAUCAUGAGGUUGUGUAGAUUUUUAAUAAUUAAUAAUAAUUUUAGUAUUAGUCAUCUAGAGCUCUGUUCGGGAAAAUCUUUAGACCAGGAUGUCUUUAAUGCUUCCUACAAAUGUUUCACAUAUUUUUUAGACUAAAUGCAGACUGUAUCUUUGAAUUCACAUUUAUUAACAUGAAUGAUUAAUAAGUCUCAGUAUUGUGGCAACUGUGAACAUGGGACCAGUGAAGGAAUUUUAGUUUGUAAAGCCAAAGUUAUUCACAGCAACGAAACAUGUUCAAGUGGUUAUUUUAUGCACUACUUUCGAGGGUCUAAACAACACCUUUUGUUGUUGUUUUGCCUUCGCACUGUGCCACUUGAAAUGAAAUAUGAAUGGGUAUUGGAGCUUUUCUUUAAGCUUAAAGAGCUGCUCCAAAAGUCAAAGCAGGGAUAAAUCAAGUAUUUUGGCAUGCAGUGCAUCACUGCGCAAAUGAAUAAACAGAUACAGCUGCUUACCAAGACACAGUUACAAGUCCAAUCUUGUAAAUUGCAUCCAUGAUCUAUAGUUCCUUGCAUAGGUAUUCACCCCCUCAAACUUCUCCACAUUUUGUAAUGCAAGGCACUGUAUAAUGCACAUAAAUGUUAAGCUUCCUGAUUAAAAAGUUAGUCCUUUCCACAAUUCCUAAAAAAUUGUGUGAAAUAGAUGGGAUGUAGUUGACAUAAAGGAGUUACCACAUUUGGCAUGGCAAUAGGACAAAACCUGUCAAAUGAAUUCACUGAAUUUCCUGGUGUGCCACAAUGAAUGUUGUAAAUCAACAGUUCUAUAAACAGUGGGAUGUAAACAUGAGGUAAUAUUUGGAACAGCAAGUGAAAGGAAAAGAGUUGGGGUUAAAUUUGACAGGCUCUUUCUCAGGACAAAUCAUUACCUGUCCGUACUGAGCUGUGCGAGAAGUAAGUGCAACUAAAUAAUAUAUUGAAAUGUCAGUGAUACUGAGUUUGAAAGUAAUGAAAGUAAUAUUAUAUACAAUGCACUGCAUUAUGUAGGUAAUUUGUCUAUCCACAUAUACCCUCAAGAGUCUAAAAGUAAUAAAUGUGCCUUACAUCUUAUUAAUUCGGAGAAUUUUUAUUGUGCCUUAUUUGAGAGUGCCUACACCAAGACCUUAAUCUGUUUCCAAUUGCCAUUUUAAUCUUUCCAUAAUUCAAAAUUUAUUGUGAAUUAUAGAUUUGUGUGAGUUGUACUGGAAUAAUAAGUUUAAUAUAAUUUUUCUGAAAUGAAUUUUCAUGCAUUCGUUCCAAUGUAAUAAAAGCAAUUUGGUGUUGUGUA